AUGGUCACCCGGACACCGCUUCUGCUGCUGCUGUCGGCGCUUCGAGUCUUGCCGAUCGCGCUGGCUGAAACGUCGCCAGACCUGGCCACGGCCUCGGACGUCGGCGGGAGCGGCGACCAACUGCGUCUGGUGCACGUGGCUGCACUGUUCCGUCACGGGGAACGCGCAUCGCUUACGACGUUCCCUGGAGACCCCAACCGACACUACGUGUGGCCCAUGGGACGCGGGCAGCUCACCAACAGGGGUCGCCAGACGAUGUACGCUCUCGGAACAUGGCUACGUAGGCGGUACGCGAGCUUUCUCACCCACAACGUGCGAGAGGUGACUGCCCGAAGCAGUCCUGUGCGCCGAUGCUUCGACAGCGUUGCGCUCCUCCUGUAUGGCCUGUACCCAGCUGUCGAAAAGGGGAGACAGUGGAAGCAUGGCCAGGAUUGGCAGCCGGUGGCCAUCAUGAGCCCGCCAGAUGGUACGGACAAGUACGCGACGCUCUGUCUGCCGCGUUUCCUAGAGAGCUUGAAAGCGCUGUACGCUACCGAAGUGCCUUGCUCCUUGGUCGAAAAGCGGCCACUUCAACAGCCUUCAUCUAGCGAGACAGCGGCACCGCAGUACUUUGCCACCGCGGGCAACAUACUAGAAUUCGUUGCGACUGUGGCCAACGUCACCGAUGAGGCCGGUGCGGCGCGAUUCGCGGCCACGGCCCGCAUCGUAGAUGCCCUGUUCGUGAAUCAAGAGAACGGCCUCCCACUGCCCGAAUGGGGCGUGAGGCACAUCCGUCAGCUCUCCUGGCUCAACGAUCAGUUGGUCGAAUUGAUAGGAAAGUACCAGAAGGACAACAUGGCGGGUGCUCUGCUCAAGGACUUCGUGGCAAGCAUGAAACGCGGACGUGCUGGCGGCAGCGUGAUGCUGACGCAGGGGCAGGACGACUCCCACGGGGGACCCAAGGUGACGCUCUACUCGUACCACGACAUGAACGUCGCUGGAGUCAUUCUGGGCUUGAAUGGCACGCUGAGCAAUAGGCCACUCUACGGAGACGCCGUCAUACUCGAAGUGUUCACUCACAGUGGCGCUUCCACCGCCGAAAAGUUCGUCAGAGUUUUGUACAAGGCGAGUGGCGAGCAUGCAACAAGCAUUCCCGUCAAGGGCUGCGCCGAUCCGUGUCCGCUGCAGAAGUUCGACCAAAUCCUGGAGCGCAGAUUCAAUCCGGUGACGAGGGCAGAGUGCGGUUGGAGCGAGCACCAGCCUCUUUUGUGAACAUUAUAAGUGCUAGUAAGACUUCUGUAUAUCCGAGUUCAUUUACGAGAAGGGAUCUAGAAAUUCCGAAAUUAUGCGAGAUGGCUUUCGCCAUUAAAUUAUGUUAUGUGUAAUUUUGGAUAAAUGCGCAUCUGCUUCUAAAA